AUGUCUAGAGCAGUCCGACAGAGACUGAUCCGAGUUCCGGGUGUAAGUGUCGUUGUACACAUUUCCCACGUAACAUCAGACCGAGUCUGGAUCAGUGAUAGGAGCAAUAUCGUCUUGACAAACACCACAGGCGAUAUACUGCAUCACCUCACAGGUAUUGCUGAUUUAUGGGGAGUUCACACUGUGAACAGGGACGGGGAGUUGAUUUAUAUAGACAGCAAGGUCAACCGUUACAAUAAUGCAGGACAACACAUACAGACAAUACAACACAACGACUCCGGCGAAGAUUUGUAUCUUCUGCCUAUCUAUCUCACAGAGAACCGCAAUGGAGACGUUAUUGUGUCGGACUGGAAACUUGGUGCUUUAGUUGUAACGGAUCGUGAAGGGAGACAUCGCUUCUCCUACAAAGGUCAACCAGGCUACUCCUUAGAUCCUCGUGGAGUGUGUACAGACGCUCUCUCACACAUCCUGGUGUGUGAUACUUACGCUUUCGCAGUAGAGUUGCUUGACCAAGAUGGUAACUCUUUGUCUAAGGUAUUGACGACCCAGGACGGGCAGCGCUUCCAAUGUGGCCUUGGUUACGAUGACAGAACACAACUACUCUGGGUUGGUUCAGAUUUCGACAAUACAGUGGACAUAUACAGACUUACAUACAAGGACUCACUGACAGGUACGCUAUACCGUGUUUUAUUUAUCUGUAUAGACACUCACAGUAAAUUACACCGUGCUUUGUAG